AAUACUAUAAAGAGCUCCUCUCUUGGCUGUCGUCUGCCACACAGACAAUCUGACUUCCUACCGAGGAUUUAUUUAAACCCCCACCCGACAGCGACGACACUCAAACCCCCCCCCAUCGAGCCUUGCCAGCAUGUGUAAAGGACGAGCAUCCAUGCCGACGUGCUGCUUGGAAAGGGCCAAAGAGCUGAAAGCAAGGCUGGGAAACAUUUUGCACCAGUCACAAUGGAGGCCGUUCAGCUGUAAAAUGGGGAGAAACAAGCCAACGCUGGAGGAAUGCCUGAGGUGGAAAGGAUCGUUUGAACAGCUCCUGUCGAGCAAAUGCGGAUUGUACGCUUUCACCGCCUUCUUAUUAUCCGAAUUCAGCGAGGAGAACAUCGCCUUCUACUUUGCGUGCGAAGAUUACAGGAGCACCAAAUGUCGCGCCAAACUACCCGCCAAAGCCCAGAAAAUCUACAAUGAAUUCAUCGGCAGCGACGCCCCGCGCGAGAUUAACAUCGACCAUGAAACCCGCGACAUCACCAAAGCCAACAUGCACUCGCCGUCACCGUGCUGCUUCGACCAGGCGCAGCACAAGAUCUACAUGCUCAUGGCCAAAGACUGCUACCCGCGCUUCCUGCGCUCGCCGGCCUUCAGGGAUCUCGUCAGUGAAGCCAAGCCAAGCGGCAAGCCGCCAAAAGAGCCCCGGCUGGUGAAGAAGGCGUGAAAGGAAGCCGUGCUGAGCGUCAAAAGGGGUGGUGUCCCUCUCGUGAAAGACUUCGCGCUUUGAAAGCCGGAAAAGAAAGAAAAUGUGGGAUUCCUGACCCCCCCCCCCCCCACCCCCACCGCGUAACUGGAGUUUCAAUGAAAAGCGGUCAGGUGGUCAAGAAAGGUGGUUCGGAGAAACCACAAGCGGAAGCUUGUGAGAAAUGGAAUCACACUUUUUUAAAAGUUUGCCUAUACUAAAAAACAAAACCGGUGUCGGUGUCGAGGCAAACGCGUUUGUAACGUCUAUGUCACGAUGUCUGUUUGUGACGAAACUGAUUUUUGUAUUUCUGUGGCUGUAUUUUGUGUGUUUUUACAAACGAAAAGGCUCUAAAUCACGUGCAAUAUCAUAUAUUGAGAUAUGAAGGUUGUAUUUUUACACAGCAGCAAAUAAAGUUGACACGCUCAAUUAA